CAGCCGGGCAAUGUAUUCCCGGGCAUCCACGAGCCCGGAAUAGGGACAACGGUCCCCCGACCCAUGUGGCCGCUGCCCCCACCCGCGCCAAACGGCGCUCCGGUCGGGUCAAUCGACCUUAUACAAGAGCUUCCCUGGGGCCCCUACGGACCUGGAAUCCCGAUCGGUUUCUCUAACCGGUUCUCCGGUCAUUGCACUUGCAAGUGUCCGUGUCCGUGCGUCUGCCCGAUAUUGAAUCAGGAAACGACAGGCCACUUGAACCCCUACAACACCACGCCCUGGACAGCUGACCUCAGCGGAGGUUCCAAUAACAGUAUCAGGAAAGAUUGCUACUGCUUGUGCACCUGCCCCUGUCCGGGAUCCUUCGUCGCACCGAUCGCACCUCCAGUAUCUGCAGGAAGCAACGUCCCUGGCGUCAACCCGAUCCCCCACUUCCCAACGUACCCCCAAGUACCCCCGAAGCCCCACGAUACCCUCCUGUUCGAUUUGCUCAACGAGCUGCUCAGAGGCCACAUGCUCAUACGCGAAGAUAUCAGCCAGAUGAGGCUCAGCUUCAAGGCCGACCUGGAUGAGAUGAGGCACCUCAUCCUCGAGCAGACUGGCCAGUCCUUUGAAUAUAUCCUCCAAGUGAUGCAGACCAAUAACGACAGCCACAUUAAAUUCGUAACCGAAAAAUGGAAAAUUUUGGAGUCGAUGUACUCAGAGCUCCGCAUUGAGGCAGAAAGGGUCGCUGUCACCCUGGAGGUCUUGUAUGUCAACUUUAUACAAUUCCACACUGAGUUUAGAGAAAUACUGGCUAACAACAAUCUCUCGAGCGAUCGUCUUUCCGGCUAUCCCCCCAUUGCGACGCGACCACCCUCCUACUCGUCAGGACAUCAGCUACCGGAUUUCGGUUCACCUGGUCCCAGCCACCAUGGCUACUCGCCUAAGACGGGAGGCAAAAAAGCCGAUUCUCUGGGUCUGCAACCACCGCCUGGAUCUCGGCCCGAAAACUCUCCGGAUGGGGAGACCAACCGGACGGACGCUGCGGACCUAGAACCGAAGUCCCGGAUGCUUCCGGUCCGUCUUGACGACCAUCAAAGAGUUCCAAACCCGGCUGGAUCGAGGGCCGUCGAAGGAGGCAGGAAAGACCUGAGCAGUGAGGGCUGCAUCAUCAUCGCCGAUUGCUUCGGCAUUGCUGGUCCUUGGUCACCGCUUUUCAUCGCGAUGAGAGCUCCCUAUUCUGACGGCGAAGUUGCCCUCCAGGGCAACGAGGAACCUCUUGGUGUGCUGAAAAAUCGUUGGGGAAUUUGGAACACGAUGGCUUCACCGGGCCGGAGAAUGCACAGCAAUGGGCUCUUCACACUUCACGACUUUUUUCAACAACACAUCGACGACCAACUGAUGAGCAUCUUCCAAACAAGUAAGCGUCGACCAGGGAGAAACCGUCGGAAACGGCGCAGGCGACCGCGACCUUAUCGGUAUCCCCAGAGGCCGUUAAUACCGGGAUUGCACUAUAUCCGGCCGCCGGUAAUGCAGAGCUCCAUCAUAUCAGCAGUCGGUUCCCCGGACGGGAUGUUGAUACACAAACUGCCGUGGAUACCGAGCGAGUCGCUGGAGCAUCUUCCUCCGAGGAUAACGAUGCCGAGGAUCGAUAAUUUGCCUUACAGCAUGUCGUACAUCGACGAGAGAGGUAAUUCGGUCAACAUCAACAUCAACCGACGGAAUAAUCCGGUGGCAGGAAAGCCGAGAGCGGCCAGAUCCUCGGAGGGAGAGAACCCGAACCUGCGUCGAUGUCUUAUGGGGGAAAAAUGAAGGAAAAACGGCAUUAAGGGGGCGGGAGGGGGAAUACAAAGCUCUUGGACAACUAAUUUGAAAUAAUCGCCGACUUUUUUUGGAAUUCAAUGUUAUCGCGAUGACGUUCGGGGCUUUGUGUAUUCGAAUUUGUGACCUAUCAAUAAAAGCUCCAUUCGUA